CGGUGCGUCCCAUGCCGCGGGCGGCGGAGCGGGUGCGGGAGCGGUGGCGGCGGCAGGAUGCCCGGCCCGGGGGUGCGGGUGCUGGUGCUAGCGGUGGUGCCGGUGCUGGUGCUGGCGCUGCCGGGCGCCGCCGCCUGCCCCGUGCCCGUGCGCGCCUGCAAGUGCGCGGGGGAGCGGCCCAAGGCGCUGGGCAUCCCGGGCGCCGCCCGCCGCAGGGUGGUCUGCAGCGGCCAGGACCUGCCGCACCCGCCCGAUGCCAGCCUGCUGCCCAACGCCACCGCCACACUGCUUUUGAGUAACAACAAGAUAACGGUGCUGAAGAAUGGCUCUUUCUUCGGACUGCGCGCUCUCGAAAAGCUGGACCUAAAGAACAACUUGAUCAACACAAUCCAGCCCGGUGCAUUCCUGGGCCUCUCAGAACUGAAGCGACUAGACCUCUCCAAUAACCGCAUUGGCUGCCUCAGCACUGGUGUCUUCCUGGGACUCAUCAACCUCAUGCGGCUCAACGUGUCAGGGAACAUCUUCUCCACCCUCCAGCCAGGUGUCUUUGAUGAGCUGCCAUCCCUGAAACUCAUCGACUUUGCCACUGAGUACCUGACGUGCGACUGCAACCUGCGAUGGGUACUACCCUGGGCCCAGAACCGCUCAGCCCAGAUCUCCGACAAGACCCUCUGCAUCUACCCCCGCCACCUGCAUGCCAAGCCACUGCGGAGCACUAGGGAGGGGCAGCUGCGAUGCGCGGGUGCCCCAGAACUGCACACCCACCACCUGAUCCCGUCACUGCGCCAGGUGGUGUUCCAGGGCGACCGCCUGCCCUUCCAGUGCACGGCCACCUACCUGGACAACAGCACUCAGAUCCUGUGGUACCACAACCAGGUGCUGGUGGAGGAGGAUGAGCAGACUGGCAUCAUCCUGGAGCAGAGCCUCAUCCAUGACUGUACCUUCAUCACCAGUGAGCUUAUCCUCUCCAACAUCCAUGUCUCUGCCAACGGGGAGUGGGAGUGUGCCGUCUCCACUGCCCAGGGCAACGUCAGCAAGAAGGUGGAGAUCGUGGUGCUGGAGACCUCGGCCUCAUACUGCCCUGCUGAGCGGGUCACAAACAACCGUGGGGACUUCAGGUGGCCCCGCACUUUGGCUGGCAUCACUGCCUACCAGUCUUGCCUGCAGUACCCCUUCACCUCAGUGGCCGUGAGCGGGGGUCCGACGGCGGAGAAGCAGUCGUCGCGGCGCUGCGACCGCACGGGCCGCUGGGAGGAGGGCGACUACUCCAACUGCCUGUACACCAACGACAUCACCCGUGUGCUUUACACUUUUGUGUUGAUGCCCAUCAACGCCUCCAAUGCCCUGACUCUGGCUCACCAGCUGCGCGUGUACACGGCUGAAGCUGCCAACUUCUCUGACAUGAUGGAUGUCAUCUACGUGGCCCAGAUGAUCGAGAAGUUCAUCGGUUAUGUUGAUCAGAUAAAGCAGCUCACGGAUGUCAUUGUGGAGAUGGCCAGUAACAUGAUGCUGGUGGAUGACCACAUCCUGUGGAUGGCACAGAUCGAGGACAAGGCCUGCACCAGCAUUGUCCACUCCGUGGAGAAGAUUGCUGGCUACACGCUCAGCAGCAAUGCCCAACACAUGGCCGUGAACUCAAGGAACAUUGCCUUCGAGGCUUACCUGAUCAAGCCCGAGAGUUUCAUGGGGCUGAGCUGCACGGCGUUCCAGAAAAGAGAGGGCAGGCGGGUGCUGCUGCCGGAGCGGGGAGCGGAGCCUCUGGCAGACCAGCAGUUGCAGUUCAGGUGCACCACAGGCCGGCCCAACAUCUCCCUGGCCAGCUUCCACAUCAAGAACAGCAUCGCUCUAGCCUCCAUCCAGCUGCCACCCAGCCUGUUCUCUCCGUGGGCCCCGCUCCCACCACCCGUCGACUGCAAGCUCCAGUUCCUGGCGUUCCGCAAUGGCAAGCUCUUCUGCAGCACUGGCAACUCCUCCCGCCUGGCGGACGACGGCAAGCGUCGCAGUGUGGCCACACCUGUGAUCUACGCUGGCACACAUGGCUGUGGAGCUAGCAACCUCACGGACCCCGUGACGGUCUCACUGCGGCAUUUUGGGGAGGGUGCCGACCCCGUAGCUGCCUACUGGAACUUCGAGGUGCUCGGGGGUUACGGGGGCUGGAGCGUGGAGGGCUGCCAGCUGGCCCGGCAGGAGCCCAACAUCACCACCCUGCACUGCAGGCACAUGAACAACUUUGCGGUGCUCAUGGAACUUAACACCUUCCCCAGUGAGGCCCAGGGCACGCCCGAGGUGCUGCACCCUGUCAUCUACACCUGCACGGCCAUCCUGCUGCUCUGCUUGUUCACCACCAUCAUCACCUACAUCAUCAACCACAGUACCAUUCACAUCUCCCGGAAGUGCUGGCAUAUGCUCCUUAACCUCUGUUUCCACAUUGCCAUGACAUCAGCUGUGUUUGCAGGAGGCAUCACUCUGACCAACUACCUGAUCGUCUGCCAAGCGGUUGGCAUCAUUUUGCACUACUCUUCCUUAUCCACCCUGCUAUGGAUGGCUGUGAAGGCCAGAGUCAUCUACAAGGAGGUAACGUGGAAGGCACCCCAGCCACAGGAUGGGGAUGUGUCGCAGCCUGCCCCUCGGCCAAUGUUACGAUUCUACCUUAUUGCUGGCGGGAUCCCUCUCAUCAUCUGUGGCAUCACAGCGGCUGUCAACAUCCACAACUACCGGGAUAAUAACCCAUACUGCUGGUUGGUGUGGAGGCCAAGCUUGGGGGCUUUCUACGUUCCCGUAGCUUUCAUCCUGCUUGUCACCUGGAUUUACUUUCUCUGUGCUGGGAUCAAGCUGCAGUGCCAGUCUAAGAUCCAGAAAGACCCCCCUGAACCCUUGGAGACGGCACCGAGGCUGGGAGGCAGCAGCAACCUCUUGACAGACUCAGGCUCCCUCUCAGUCACGCUCAACACGGGGAUGCCCAGCCCAGACGUGGACAGCGUCUACUCCUUGAAGGUGCAGUUCUGGGCUCUGGCAAUCACUCAUUCCCUGUACAUUGCUCUGUGGACAUUUGGAGCCAUGGCUGUGUCCCAAAGGUGGUACCUGAACAUCAUCUUCAGCUGCCUCUAUGGAGUCACAGCCGUGGCACUGGGGCUUUUUAUCUUUGUCCACCACUGUGCGCGGCGUCAGGACGUACUGAACUCCUGGUUCGCCUGCUGCCCAUCCUAUCGCAACGCACUGCCCAUGCAGGCCUAUGUGCAUCCGGGCAUGCCCGUGGAGGAUGGCUCCCAGGUCUUCAUUGGGUGCAACCCUGAGGUGGCCCAUUCCAUCAAGUCCUCCUCCUCACCCAGCAGCACCAACUCCACGGUGGGCCACUGCAAGCUCACCAACCUUCAGGUGGCUCAGAGCCAGGCUGAGAGCUGUGCGCCACGGCCGGCCAGCUAUGAGGAACCUGAGCCUGCCAACAACAAGAAUGCCAGUGUGGCCCGGUACUCCAACAACAUGCACGGGCGCCGCAAUCACAAAAGCCGAGCAAAGCAGUACCGGGAGGGCAAGCAUCACCGCUUGAAGGCACUGCGGGGACCAGCCCAUGACCACCUGUCCAGCGAGAGUGGGAGCCUGCACAACAGCCACUCAGAGAGCUACCACAGCAGCAGGAACAGCCCCCUGAAUAACAGCUGCCCUGGGGCCCAGGCAGGAGCAGGGCAGGAAGGGGAAGCUGCCCUAACGCAGUCGGAUGGGAGUGAUGGGAGUGGUAGCCACCAGGUUCCAGACUUUGACCGGGCUCAGCGGAGAAGCACCAGCCGGGACAACCUCAAGCAAGCCAACACCAUGGAGAAGGAGACAAAGCGAAGGUCCUACCCGCUCAACGUGGCCAAUCAGAACGGGGGACUGAAGGGCAGCAAAUACGACAUCAACCUCACCAGCGCAGAGAGCAUGGCUGGCAUGAAGACUGGCCUCUGGAAGAGUGAAACGACUGUGUAGAGGGCAACGGAGGACCUUGCAGCUACAUCACAGUGUUGUGUUACUUCUCAGGCAAGCCCGCUCACUCAGCCCUUGGCAGGGGAAAGGUGGCUGGUGCACCCAGUUAAGGGCAUCUGUUAGCAGGUCAAGUGCAGCCUCCUGGGAGUGUGCGUGCUGGAGACAGGCACGGCAUGGGCAUGGGCAGUGCUGUGCAGGAUGCUUUGUCUCAGCAGGUGACGCUGGGUCUCAUCUUACCUUGGUGCUGGACCUGGGAGUGCGGGGAGCAAGCCAGCCCCUUUUGGAGCACAGCACUCAUCCCCACGCAGGACACGGCAGCACCGAGGUCUCCAUGCGAGAGACAAUCAUCGUUGUUCAGCUGCCUGAAUGGCAGUUAUCACUUAAUCCCUUCUGCAUGUCCCUUCAGACUGAUCCUAAAUGCUAUUUUAUAAUAUACAGAGGAAACAAAGGUUUAUUUUUCAAAUCUCUAUAUUAUCGUGCGUGUAUAUAUGUAUAGACAGACUGGUAACUGGUGGGAGUGCCUCUGUGUUAUGUGAGUGGUGUUCUGUCCACAGCAUGUCUCCCCCUUGGUUUUGGCAAUUGCUCACUCUUGCCAUGAUUGCAAUUUCCAGGAUGUCAAUUGGGAGACAGAAACCAGGACCCUUUGUGUAAAGAUGCCACGGUAGAGGUGCUUGCUUUGUGCUCACCUGAGCAUGGUCUUUUCCUGAAGGAGUUCAGCUGAAAUGGAUCAGCUGGGGAUUCUGCUGAAAAGCAAACGCAGCAUCCAGAGUUGUAUCGUGGCAGUGACGUUCUAGGGAUGUGUGAGUAGCCAGAUCAGUGCGGUGAAGCAGUAUUUCUUGUUGGGAGGCUGGGAGACUGCUACCUUGUGCUGAGCCAGGACUGUGGCAGCUCCCUUCCAAGCCCUGAGGUAGGCACUUGUCUCCCCACAAAAUGUGCUGGCCUCACCUCAUAGAUGCGGCUCCCAGGAUCUUCUCUGAGCAGUCUUAGAAACUAUUUAGCCCUAUGGGUUAGGAGCUACCAAAGUAAAAGCCAUAGCUAAAAGUGAGCAAGAGGUCAGAUGAGCAAGAGCUCCAGAAAAAAUAAGCUGUCUGCACUGUUUUAGUGAUGGACACUAAAAUCACUGCAGGACGAUUGCCGUUGAAUGGGGUUAAAGAUCCCCAGAGGCGCACACUAUGCAAAAUGGUGGAGGUUGGCUGCAAUAAACACAGGCCCACGGUGAAGAGGCAUUGUUUUCUGUACAUGUUAUGCUCAGUGUGGAAGAGUAAAAGCCUUGGGCCUUUCAUGGCAGAAGUUGGACUGGGAAGCAACAUGUUCCCAGCUACUCCAGAAGGAACCUGAGGAUCCAGAGUUGUACAGUGGGCAUGACCCACUGCCCUUCAUCCUGGUGAUUAUGUUGAUAAAAGGGUUGGACUACAGCAAAGGCAAAAAAAUGUGUGCAUUUAUUUGUAUGAACUGUAAUGAUUGAACAAAGAGGAAACACCAUUUGGCAGAGAGGGGUUGCUUCUCCGAAAGGGAAAAAGGGACUUUGCUGAACUAGUAAGAUGAUAAUCAGGGCCUGAGCUGGUUUCAGUGGCAUGGAGGACUGAAUUGGACGCGUGUUUCUCUACAGCCCCAUUCCUGUUUUUAACAGGGCUGGUACUUGGCUAAGCACUUAUUUCUUUCAUUGCAAAAACUGGGUGCACCUUUUUUAUCUAUUGUAAAGCAGAAAGCAGCUAUGUACUGUACAUUGGCAGGUCCCCGACCUGUUGCCAAAGAUUUUUUUUUGUAGUGUUCCUAAAAAGGGAAGUUAGUUUGUACUCAAACAGCCAGGCAUUGAGUGCUCUGUACCUCUCUCCCUGCCACUAACUGAGACUGGCUGCCACCUGUGCCUACUGACAGUUGCCAGCUCUAGGCAGACUCACUGUGCCAACCACUAAAGAAAUGUACUGAGAAUUGCCGAGGGGCAAAUACUGAUGUCUGGCCCCUGCGCUGCCUCUUCGUGGUGGCUGCAGUUUCACAUAUUACCCUCACCAGUAGUAUUGUAGCAGGCUGGUUAUCUGGACCAAGAAUAGCAUUCCCUCUCAUCUGCACUGCCGCUGUGUCCAUCCCACGUACAGAGUCUCUGUAUCUGCCUUCCAAAAGAUAUACUGCCUAUAAAGCCAUAAUGGAGGAGUGGUCUGCAGUGCAGAGAGGAUAACUGGUCCAGCUGGAAGCAGGAAGAGUGCUCUCCAGCCUUUUUUUGUCCCCCUUGAAAUUCAGAGAGAAUAGAAGAGGAUCUGUUGCCCUGGACACAGGACUUAGAGAUCUGGCACCUGCAGCAAUGUAAGCCCAGUGCUGCUGAGGACUCACCUCUGUCAUACUGGACCAAUCACAACCUCUCUGUGCCUCAGUUUGUAAAAGAAAUGGGUAUAAAUACUUGCCUACCUCCCCAAGGGAUUGUGAUGGUCACUUGUAAGUUGAAAAUUGCAAGGCAUGCAUGGAGAUUUCAGCUGCAGCCCUGAAGUCUACACCAGUCCAAAGAGAGAAGGGGUGGAAAGAGAAAGAUGAUUAUUUACUAGGUCAUAAAGCACUUAAGAAGUUUCUCAACCUCAGAAAACUUCCCCUCUUGCCAUGCCAACACCACAACGCCUGUAUGGCUGGAACACCAGCACAAAGUUUUGCCACCGCCCUCCAGCCUGGUCAGAUUUCCCUUGCCAUUACUGGUUUUUACCCACUUUUGUCUGUAGGGCAGGUUGAAUCGUUAUGCUGAAGCAGCCUACCCAAUCUUGCCAAUGCUGAUCUUGUAUACGCUUGCUGCACUGUGACAGUAUUAUAGGAAAAGCUUUGUAUUAUUACACUUCCUCGUUUACAUGACAAGCAAAAGACAUAUCAAGAGAGAGAGCUUUUUGCAAUAUAUGUAGGGGAGCGAGGGAGGGAGAAAAAUGUGCCAAAGAAAAUAUGUUGAAAGAGGUCUGUUAUGCAUUUUUUUUAUAUAAAUAUAAUGUCUCUAGCAGAUAUGUUUUGUUUAAUAUAUUAAAAACUUGCAAAUCCA